UAUACACACAAACUAAACACCAAAAGAGAGAAAGCUAUUUAACAAAGGCAGAAUGAGGAGAGAAGCAUGUAUUAUCUUUUUGUGUUUUCUUGUUUCCAUAUCCAUGGUUGCAGCAGCCAAACGCAGCGCAAGAAAGCUGGCAGUGAAAUCCGACUGCCAAAUUGAUAUCGAGGACUUCGCCAAAUCGUGCAAGCAAUGGAUCAUAUUAGGCAGCGUACCAAUGGAUCAAUACUACUGCGAGGCAGAUUGUAUCCUUGUAAGGACACAGUGCUCCAAAGAGGAAGUUCUUAAGGAGGCUCCUUAUUUCUUCACCCCUGUGGUUGACAAAAUUUUGACUACCAAUGGCUUCCAACCCUUCCCCUGAAUGCCUUGAUCAUACAGUAUAUAUUACC